AUGACUUCAAAUUAUGCCUGUGGGCUAACGUAUACACAGACCCUGAAUCUCGAUGAAUACAUACAGAAACCACGCGAGGAACGAGAACUUUCUGAAUUGUAUCCUGAUUUGGAUGAAUUGAUGCAAAUUCCAGUGUUUUUUAUCCCCCCUCGAGAGAAACAGGAAAGUGGAAAUGGCUUUACAGAGAAUAGUGGGCAUUCUGUAAAUGGAAAUAAUUUAGCUUCAAUGGGUAACAAUCAGCUUACAAAUUUGAAGGUACCGGUGUUUAAAAAGAUUCAACCAGCAGUACCCAAUCCCAAUAUCAGGUUUAAUAAACAACUUCUUGAAUAUGGGUUUCAAGAUCCUUUGAAGAAUAACGAUCGAAGCGAGAAGGAUACAUAUGUACGACAGUUUGAGAUACCCACGAGUCUAGUGAAACAAAGUGGUAAAAGCGAUGACGAGGAGACAAUUGUAAAACAAUACUUGAACAAGCGGAGCCUACUAGUGGAGUAUGACAUGGAUGAACAAGACACGCUUUACCUACAGGAUAGAAAUAGUAAAAGCAAGAAUGUGAUCAAGAUUACCCCUGAAGUGUUUGAAACAAUGAUCAGCAGGUUAGAAGAUGAAUGGAGUAGACUUGAGCAUCGAAUGAAUACAUUGACUAAUAGCGACGUACAGAGUAAUGGACUUGGUCUAAAUGACCGAGUUUUGACCAUUGGCCAUAACAAUUCCAAAUAUGGGAAUGAUGAUGGGAUAGAACCUGGGUCUAUUUAUGAUCAAAAAUGUGCUGUUUGCAAUGACAGCGAUUGCGACAAUGCUAAUGCGAUUGUCUUUUGUGAUGGAUGCGAUAUUGCUGUCCACCAAGAAUGCUAUGGAGUGGCAUUUAUACCCGAAGGGCAAUGGCUUUGUCGAAAAUGUAUGAUAAACAAGAACAAGGUCACUCAAUGUGUGUUUUGCCCGAGUACAACAGGGGCAUUUAAACAAUUGGAUAAUAGUCUAUGGGGGCAUGUAAUAUGUGGGUUAUGGAUCAAUGAAUUGUAUUUUGCUAAUCCAGUGUACAUGGAACCUAUUGAAGGAAUAGAAUCAAUACCUAAGAGUCGAUGGAAGUUGACAUGUUAUAUUUGUCGACAAAGGGUGGGUGCUUGUAUCCAAUGCACCAACAGGAGCUGUUUCCAAGCUUAUCAUGUUACUUGCGCUAAGCGGGCUGGUUUGCAUAUGGAAAUGACACAAGGCGUGAAAGGUGCAUUGAGCAAUAAGCUUACACUCAAAUCAUUUUGUGAUAAGCAUACGCCACCAACGUCACUGGAUAGACUCCCUUUAAUACUUGAAGGAAUUGAAAAAACACGAUUCUACUAUAGGGAUACAAAACUUUUGAAUGAGGAGAAUGCCCGUUUAAGUAGUGAUCAGAAAAUGGCCAACAAAUUGAAUAUUUUCAAAUGGAAAACGGAACUGAAUACACCCAUCGCACCCAAACUUUUCAGUGAUAAAUUGGUUGAAUCGAUGUACUCAUUGAAGGUGGAAAAUCAAAUUAAUCUACCUGAAGAAUCAAUGAACCAAGUUUUGGAGUUGAAUGUUUUGCCCAACCGUACCAAGGAAGAGAUCCAUCUGGAUCUAACUGCUAUAGCCAAUGAGAUUUGUCGAUAUUGGUGUUUGAAGCGUGAACUGAAAAAUGGAGCUCCAUUGGUUCGUAAAAACAAUGAUUUUGCUGCAUUUGCUACGGGAUCUGGCAGUGAUUCAACUGCAUCUGGUUCACUAUUAUAUGAUUUUAAUAGUUUGGAGCAAAAUGGACCCAAUGAAUCACAAAUCAAUGACAAGAUCAAGUUUGGCAAUGUUUUGGUUAAAGAUUUAGAGAAGUUAAUAUCAAUGAAUCAAUUAAACACUAAGCGACAAUUGGCCACCAAGGAAGCUGAUGAUAUAUCAUUUAAUAUUGCUGACAUGUUGUAUUUCCCAUUGAGUCAACUGAUUAAGUUAUUGGUUGAAAGUUUGAAUGCUAAAUACGAUACAACUCACGUGAUUUUGAAUUAUGUUCCGAAACCCUCCAGCAGCAGCAGUAGCAUACAGGGUUGUAAAAGUUUAAAACUGAUUAUGAAGCAUAAUGAGCAUAAGGGGUAUAGUGAUUUACAACAAUUUAAAAUUGAUGUGGAUGAUUUAGCCACUGCUAUAUGGAAGGAGAACAAACCAAGUUUUAAUGUGUACAAGAAAAUGAAAGUUUGGAAAAGAGAGUUUGAUAAGGAGAUUAAUGGAGUUGUGCUAUUGGAAAGUAAUGGCAAAAUCGAGGAGUCAUCAAGUACGUCGAGGUUUUCGGCUGAUGGGUUAGAAGUCUCAAUUGAGAAUGUGGAUAGCCCACAAGCGAACCUGAAAUUGGACAAUCCUUAUCGGCAAGAUGAUGUCGAUAUGAGCGAUCUAAGUGAUGUUGAAUGUGAAGAAUCUUAUGAAGCUGAAUUGGAAGACCUUUUGAAGAGUUGA